CGCCGACCGCAAAGCUGGGCAAAAUUAUGAACUUGUGUUCCUCGGGCGCAACGGCAUCGACCACAUCGUUAUCGUCCACGGGCCAGGCGGAGAGGAGCGGCGGAGUACCAGGAGGAGGAGCAGAAGGCGGCGGAGGAGGCGGAGGCAGUGGUAACAGCGGCGGCGGCGGCAAAACCAGCGACGGAUCCGCCGAGGCCUCAACACUCUGCUUUGCAGGAGGAUCGGGCACAGCAGGUGCGAUCACCGGAACGGAGGAGCUGUCCAACGCCAACAGUCCGGCAAACGGAACGGGAGGAGCAAGUGGAUCAACCGGUAGUGGACAACAGCCGACUGGCAGCAACGGACACAGCCACCUUCACAACGAAAACAACGCAAACAUGCCGCCCGAAACGCGUCCCAAAAUGGUGACCGUCAAGCAUCCGGAGUCCAACAAGCCCAAGCCCACCACCAAGAAAAGCAAGCCGAUCCAGGCCGACCAGGAUGUCAUCAAGGCGCUGCAGCGGUGCCGUGAUGAAGGCAUCAAGCGCUUGGACUUGAGCAAAUCUUCGAUCACGGUGAUCCCCAGCACGGUGAAGGAGUGCGUCCAUCUCACGGAACUUUAUCUGUAUAGCAAUAAGAUCGGUCAGCUUCCGCCGGAAAUCGGCUGUCUGGUGAGCCUACGUAACCUUGCGCUCAACGAGAACUCGCUGACUUCGCUGCCGGAGUCCCUGCAAAACUGCAGCCAACUGAAGGUGCUGGAUCUGCGACACAACAAGCUGGCGGAGAUUCCGCCAGUGAUUUACCGUCUGCGCAGCCUGACCACUCUUUACCUGCGCUUCAACCGAAUCACCGCCGUGGCAGACGAUCUGCGCCAGCUGGUCAACCUGACCAUGUUGAGUCUGCGGGAGAACAAGAUCCGGGAGUUGGGCAGCGCCAUCGGCGCGCUGGUGAACCUAACCACGCUGGACGUUUCGCACAACCACUUGGAACACCUGCCCGAGGACAUCGGCAACUGUGUAAACCUCAGCGCUCUGGACCUGCAGCACAACGAACUGCUGGACAUACCCGAUAGUAUUGGCAAUCUGAAAUCCCUGGUGCGGCUGGGCAUGAGAUACAAUCGAUUAAGUAGCGUGCCGGCCACUUUGAAAAACUGCAAGAGCAUGGACGAGUUCAACGUGGAGGGUAAUGGCAUUACCCAGCUGCCAGACGGCAUGCUGGCCAGCUUGAGCGGAUUAACCACCAUCACUCUAUCGAGAAAUCAGUUUGCAAGUUAUCCCACUGGCGGUCCAGCGCAGUUCACCAAUGUCUAUAGCAUUAACUUGGAGCACAAUCGGAUCGAUAAAAUUCCCUAUGGGAUCUUCUCGAGGGCCAAGGGUCUCACCAAGUUAAACAUGAAGGAGAACAUGCUAACGGCUUUACCAUUAGACAUCGGCACCUGGGUGAACAUGGUGGAGCUGAAUCUGGCCACAAAUGCGCUACAGAAACUGCCCGAUGAUAUCAUGAACCUGCAAAACCUUGAGAUACUCAUCCUGUCAAACAACAUGCUCAAGAAGAUUCCGAAUACAAUUGGAAAUUUGCGACGGCUAAGGAUACUGGACCUGGAGGAGAACCGCAUUGAGGUGCUGCCGCACGAGAUUGGACUGCUGCACGAGCUCCAACGUUUGAUCCUGCAAACCAAUCAAAUCACCAUGCUGCCGCGUAGCAUCGGCCACCUGGGCAACCUGACUCACCUGUCUGUAAGCGAGAAUAACCUGCAGUUCCUGCCCGAGGAGAUUGGUUCGCUAGAGAGCCUUGAGAAUCUGUACAUCAACCAGAAUCCCGGCUUGGAGAAGCUGCCAUUUGAACUGGCUUUGUGUCAAAAUCUAAAAUAUCUGAACAUUGACAAGUGCCCGCUGAGCACUAUUCCGCCAGAAAUCCAAGCUGGCGGGCCAUCGCUGGUGCUGCAGUGGCUCAAGAUGCACUCGCCAUACCGCCAGAUGUGAGAUGUGGACGGCGUUUGGCGCACCGUCUACGUGGGCAGCGACUGCUACUACCAGUACGAGCUGCAGACGGUGAACCAGGCGCCCGGUGCUGGUGGCAACGGUGGUGGAGGAGCAGCGGCAGCAGGAGGAUCUGCAUCCAGAAGCAGCGACCGUCGCUAACGGUGCGAUCUCAGCUAACGGGCAAGAUCCCGUCCCCAUCCUUUAUACCAUGCAUUAAGGGAGAAAGCCAAGAUAGAUAGGUGUUUUAGUUGAAAUCGUUAUAAAGCGGGAUAUGAUUGAUAAUGGUUCUAGUUUUUUUUUAUUUUAAUUAUUUGACAAAGCACAUUUAUAUGUAAUUGAUAUCAGCUACUUUCCCAAAGCGAUUCUAAUUGCUUAACCUUCUACUCAGGCUUGCUCCCUUAAACCGACUGGAGUGCGUUGGCUGACAAAACGAUAGCUUUAAAACGUUAUACCAAUGUCCCGCGUAUUGUAAACUGCCCCGAUUUGCUUUUUAUUCUUACAGAACACAGGUUCAAUCACACUUCAGAGUCCGCACUUUAGGUUCUAAUUUAACUCAUGCUUCCAAGCUAGUCAAAAAUGUAACACGCGAAACGAAACGAAAGUAAAUUGAAAGCUUUAAAUCUUCUGUUCUGUUUUUGGUCAAGGAUGCAGAAAACCUAACGUUCAAAACUUCAAAAAAAAUGAAAACAAAAAAAAAAAAACGCAAGCGCCAAGGAAUUGUUUGAAAAAAUUUAAAACUAAAAACAAAAAGUGGUUAAGAAAUUAUUAAUCUGUAUACACAUUAAUCGUAGUCGUAUUUUGUAAAAGCAAGCGCAAAAAAGAAGCAACAAGUAUUAAACUGUGUGUAAUUUGUUUAAAUAAGAAGAUUGCAAAUGUUUUUUUGUGGCUCCUCCAGGCAAGCUUACAUUUUUCGCAAAUGUAAGGUAGUGCAGCAUUUUGUAUAUUAGUCUAAGCUAAAAAUAACCACGUAAAGUACUAGAGCCAUCUGCACAUUGGGCUAAUGGCAUUAAACUAGCAAAAACUAACGUUGUAUACUUUAUUAUUUUAAUGUCGGUGUGUCUGUAAUUGAUUUGUAUGAAUAUUAAGAUGAUUUAAAUGCAUUUAGUUAUCAUAACCAUAAUCAACGAUAUUUGUAUGGCAAGUAAAAUGAGCUAGGCGUAAAUGAAUAUUGUAUAAUGCCACCUAACUGAUAAGCGCAAAAGAUAUCUAGAGAUAACAUGGACUCUGAGUUGCUGUUCUUCUUGUGAAGUUGGAUUAAACACUACUUAUAAAAGAAUGAAGAAAGUGUUCUGACGCGAUAACAAACAAUUGAAUGUUUAACAGAUAUUAAUGGUUUAUUUACUAAGUGUUCUUUCUGUUCAAUAACUAUAGUUUUCUGCUGUCAAAACACUUUUGUUCGGCACCUUUUAGCUCCGAUCUGCCAUUAUGGUACUACUCCAUUGAAUCAGCUCAAAAGAAGUUACAAAUUCGAUUUAUUUAUUUUUAUAUCGUAAGCAUAAACGGGAGAAUAAUACCAUUUAGAACAACUCCCCCCAACAUUGCAACGCAAAUGGGCUUUACAUUUUAAAGAAAUCUUUAAAGAAUCAAUAAAUCAACGAAGCUAA